AUUAAUACUCACUCUAUUUGUUUUGAAAAUUUAAAUAUAUAGUCCAUACUAAAAUAUAAUUUGACCAUAAAUUUUGGGAUUUUGAGAUUUCUUUGAAUCAGAAAUCUAACUGUCACCAAAAUUAUUUAAACAGACCUAUCCUUUUUUAUAUGAAUUCAAACAAACCCUUUGAUUAUGCCUUUUAGAUGAAUGAUUAUUAUAUUUAUAAAAACUAAAAUAAUGAAUAAACAUAAGAAUUAAGAUAUUGCCACAAGGAUUAUAAUUAUGAUCUUAUCUUAAAAAAUAAAAACAGUUGUACAGAUCAUCAUCUUAAUUGUAAUCUGAUUAUAUUAUUAUUAAAAAUAUUCCAAAACCAAACCCAAAGAAAGAAUUAUUACUAUAAUUAUUUUGGCCAAGAGGUGAAAGACACAGUAUAAUAUAUUUUUUCUUCAUAGAAGCCGCCUCGUGUAUAAUCACAAUAAGGAUAAAAAGAGAAGGAAAAGACAAGAGAGAAGAAAAGGGCCUUUUUUAUUCUCUCUCUUACUUUCGGUUGUCCUUUGGGAUUAGGUUCUCAAAAAAAGAAGACCCAGUUGUUCAUCUUUGUAGAUUCUUGUUCCCUGUCAAGGUUUCUUUGCUUCUCUGAGUUGUUUCUUUGGUUUUUUUUUUUUUUUUUUUUUUCAAGAGAAAGAGGAGAGAUGGUGAUGGUGUAUUAUCAGUUGUCAAAGUCUUCUUAUCAGGACUCUUUGAAAAUACUAGAGGCCGAUAUACAACAUGCAAAUGCUUUGGCUGCUGCAAUUCCAAGGGCCAAGAGUGGUGCACAUCUUCAAAUGAAAUUGGUUUACAAUCAUUUGACGCCCCUCUUUCUAUUUUUGUUACAAUGGAUGGAUUGUUCCUGCAUAUGUCUACUCCCUAGAUAUCUAAACCUCUUUCACAUACUUGUAUACAAGGUCUAUACUGAUGGUAGAUCAAAGGUUUCUACAAAUGGAAGGAAGGCAACAAUUAGAGAGUUUUAUGGUGUUAUAUUGCCAUCUCUUCAAAGGCUUCAUGGUAACUCGGGGGAGUUGGAUGAUGAUAGGGAAGCACAUUUUACAAUGGGGAUUUCUGCCAAGAAAAGAGUUGAAUUAGAUAACAGACUUGGGAAUAUUGAUUUGGAGAGGGAAGAUGAAUGUGGGAUUUGCUUAGAGCCUUGCACCAAAAUGGUCUUGCCUAAUUGUUGCCAUGCAAUGUGCAUCAAAUGCUACCGCAAUUGGAACACAAAAUCAGAGUCCUGUCCUUUUUGCCGUGGUAGCUUGAAAAGAGUUAACUCUGAAGAUUUAUGGGUGCUUACUUGCAAUGAUGAUGUGGUCGACAAUAAAACUGUUUCCAAGGAGGACUUGUUGCGUUUCUACCUUUACAUCAACAGCCUUCCAAAAGAUUGCCCAGAUGCACUUUUCUUGGUAUAUUAUGAGUACCUAAUUUGAUUUCAAGUAGUUGAGAAAAUGGUGUACAGAUAGAAAAUGCCGACCAUCAAAUGUAAAUAGAGUCUGGUAAGAAAAUUAUCUCUGCUUCCUACUGAAAAGAAUCAGUUCCAUUUUAUGCUCCCUGGAAUUUAA